AUCUGCCUCAGAGUUGGACACCUUCUCCUCUACGCCAUGUCAAGUUCCAACACAACCGACUUCACCAACCCCUCCACCUUCAUCUUGCUGGGCAUUCCUGGCCUGGAGAUGGUCCAUGUCUGGAUCGCCUUCCCUUUCUGCACCAUGUACCUCACAGCCAUCUUGGGGAACUUCACCAUCCUGUUCACUGUGAAGACAGAGCAAAGUCUCCAUGGGCCCAUGUACUAUUUCCUCUGCAUGCUGGCCGUCACCGACCUGGUCAUAUCUACAUCCAUCGUGCCCAAAAUGCUGAGCAUAUUCUGGUUCAAUUCCAGGGAGAUCGAUUUCAGUGCCUGCCUCACCCAGCUGUACUUCAUUCACUGCUUCUCAGUGAUGGAGUCUGGGAUCUUUGUGGCCAUGGCUUUUGAUCGCUACGUGGCCAUCUGUUAUCCCCUGAGACAUUCCACCAUCCUGACAAACUCCAUGGUGGCCAAUAUUGGCCUGGCUGUGUUGCUGCGCAGCGGUUUGCUUGCAUUGCCCUUUCCCUUCCUGGUAAGGCAAUGGCUAUAUUGCAGAACCAACAUCAUCCCCCAGCCGUACUGUGCACACAUAGCUGUGGUGAAGCUGGCCUGCGCCGACACCAGUGUCAGUAGUUACUACGGUCUCUUUGUGGUAUUCUGUGUGAUUGGUCUGGAUGUGAUUUUUAUUGCCCUGUCCUAUACCCAGAUCCUCAGGGCCAUCUUCAGCCUCCCCACAAAGGACGCCCGGGUCAAAACUUUUGGCACCUGCAUCUCUCACCUCUGUGCCAUCUUAUCCUUUUAUAUCCCAAAUCUCUUCUUCUCCCUCAUGUACCGGUUUGGACUGAAUGUGCCCCUGCAUUUCCACGUUCUCAUUGCCAACGUGUACCUCUUGAUGCCCCCCAUGCUGAACCCCAUCAUCUAUGGAGUAAGGACCAAACAGAUCCAGGACAGGCUGCUCCGCCUCUUUAAGGUGUGUUGUGAGCAAGACACGAGAAGUCAUUCUUCCGCUCUACUCUGCUCUGGUUAGGCCUCAGCUGGAGUAUUGUGUCCAGUUCUGGGCGCCGCAUUUUAAAAAAGAUGUGGAGAAACUGGAAAGGGUCCAAAGAAGAGCAACAAGAAUGAUUAAAGGUCUUGAGAACAUGACCUAUGAAGGAAGGCUGAAAGAAUUGGGUUUGUUUAGUUUGGAAAAGAGAAGACUGAGAGGGGACAUGAUAGCAGUUUUCAGGUAUAUAAAAGGGUGUCAUAAGGAGGAGGGAGAGAACUUGUUCACCUUAGCCUCUAAGGAUAGAACCAGAAACAAUGGGUUUAAACUGCAGCAAGGGAGGUCGAGAUUGGACAUUAGGAAAAAGUUCCUAACUGUCAGGGUGGUUAAACACUGGAACAAAUUGCCUAGGGAGGUUGUGGAAUCUCCGUCUCUGGAGAUAUUUAAGAGUAGGUUAGAUAAAUGUCUAUUAGG